GUCCGCCACAUUGAGUUGCCUACCAUCUGAAACCAAUUAGCACGGAGGGGUUGUGGAUUAUUACACCUCCAGUGAUGAGUGAGCAUCCAUGCUGGCUUGGUGAAGAUGUGUAACAGCCUUUGCUGCAUGAUGGAUGACCCUUCUUUCAAACUUGCAGGUAUGAGGGUGCUACACUGGUGCAUGCUGGGAGUGACCAUCCUGCUGCUGGUGUGCGAGGUCGCCAUCAGCCAGCUGUGCAAGUCACUCAUCACCUUGGUGGAUGGUUUCCACACACUCUUCAUCCUCAUGCGCAUGGCUCUUCCUCCUCCUCAAACUGCAAGCAUAAUAAAACCUUCGCUCUCCCAUUUGAACUCCCCUGCGUCUCCCCCACAUGCCUUCCUCUCCUCAGCAGGACUUCUUUCCAGUCUGCCUGCACAGUCAUCCAUCAAGCUUCCACCUGGCAAUCAGACCGCCAUUGAUGGGUCAGCCAUCCCAGAUCAACCUCCCGCUCCUCAGUUUCACUGUGAAGCAGCCUCACUGGUCAACUCUCAUCAACAUUUCUCCUCAAAACUCUCUCCUCCAGCUCUCAGCUGCGGUCUGUCCUACACCACCAGCAGGGUUCAGACUGUGGGGAUGUUCAUUUCUGCUCUCGUCCUGGCCUCCCUGUGUCUCUCUUACAUAAUGGAAAUAAUCAGCUUUACCGUGGAGCCACACCCAGUAAAGCGUCCCCUGCUGCUUGUGGUGGUUGGAGCGGUCAGUGUGCUCCACAAGAUGCUGGUGCUCGGCCUGAACUGGGAUGAGCUGCUGGACUGGAAUAAAGCCAGCAGACAACCGGGUACCAAAUCUCACCUUGUAGUGAACCACAAAGUCAUGGCUGAAGAGGAAACUAAAGGAGAGGCCGAGCUGGGGCGAGUCCAAUCUGCUGUAGAGGACAUGCUUCACAAUGGGGCACUAGUCCUCUGUAACCCGGGGACCUCCUGUGACCCUGACACUGACUCUCAAACACCACAACGACAGCCAGCAGUUCACCUGCAUGCAGCACCUCCACGGGACAGCAGCAACUGUGAAGUAACAAGCGGUGUUGCAGAUUUGAGUCACUUAGAAGACAUCACAGAGAUUUACAAAGACAAAACCUGCAUGGGGUAUCUUGACAGUCAACAUGCAUCUAUCACCUCCCCAGUCUGCAAGUCAUCAGAUCACAUCAAGAUCCCCGUACCAGUCUAUUUCCUGUCGUUCGUCCCUGUCGUUCAGGGCCUUUGUACCUCCCUCCUGUCUCUAAGCAACAGCCUGGUGAUGCUGCUGGUCGGCCCUCAGUGCCUGCACAGCUCUGGGACCUGUGGCUUCCUGGUUUACCUGGAUCCUGCUCUCUCCCUGCUGGCUGUGAUCACCCUGAUUGCCACAGCCACGCCACAGGUGCACAGGUACGGACUGCUGCUGCUACAGGCCACACCUCCACACAUUUGUGUGUAUGAUCUUGGACGGAAGAUUGCGAGUGUCCCUGGAGUGCAGGCUGUGCAUGACCUCCACGUCUGGCAGUUAACUGAAUCUUUCACGGUGGCCUCUGUCCAUGUACACUGCCACGCUGGGUUUCCAGCACACAGGUGUGCUGAUCUGAUGUCGGGAGUCACUAGGGUGCUGCAGAGUGUGGGAGUGAGCUGCUGCACCGUUCAGCCAGAGUUUGCUUACUGCUCUGCAGGCAAUGGGAGUGGUGACCAGUCUGCAGUCGUCCACAGAGAGGACCCCUCCCAGCCUCCUCUCCUGGCCUGCAGCCUCGCCUGUGGAAAGGCCUGUGCUGGGAAUAUGUGCUGCACUCCCCUAGGAGAGGAGUCCAGGAGCCUGCUGGCACCACCAGCUGGGGAAACAAAGGAAGAGCCUCAGACUCUGGUCAUCGAGAACACCUUCCUCUGACUCUGUUGUUUUAACCAAAGAAUUACACUGGAGGAAAAUAAAGGAAUCAUCUGAUACUCAUGUACCAAUGUACAUCUCUCAAAACGAUGCCUGCACAUUAAAUGAAAAUGUCCUGUUAGUUUUUUGACAUUAACACAGUGCUGCACCAAAGAUUUCUAUGCGAUAUGAAGUAGCCUGAAAUUCAACAAAAAUGGAGGAAUUUUUUUUUCUUCAUUUGUACCCGGAACCUCUUUACUCUGUCCCAUGUAUGUUUUAGAA